AUGGCAUGGGAAACCCCGAAAAGCAAGACUACGGUCUUUCCUAUGUCCAACAAGAUUAAGACCUUAGUGCGAGAUGUAGCAAGUCUGAAGAGACCGUCAAGCGGGCAUUCGCGUGCCAAAUCAGUGGCAUCCUUCGUGACCGAGUCGGAGCAGGCAUGGUCCAUAGCAAGCGACUUUGACUGUCCCGAGGAGCAUCCCGAGCACAAGGCGGGCAUUUCUGUGCAGCUGUCCCUGAGUUUUGAGGAUCCACUGGAGUUCUCCUGUAACCGGUGUUAUAAUAGUUCGGCAGACUUUGAGCCCAGCGAACGCCUCCUGAGAGGGCUUCUGCGAAGAAUCGACCAUGGCUCUUUCGAACUCAUUACCCGAAAAGACCCCGUCGCUACUGCAGCAACCAGAGGUGACGGGAGGCUAAAGCCGAAGAGGUUCGAGAUGUCCUUUCAGAUCAGCCAAAAAGGCUCUGUAUGGGCGACGAGAACGUACACAUCAUACCAGAAAGACGCCAUGAACGCAAAUUCUGUCAAAGAGGUCGUGCUUUCGUCUCAUCGUUUGAUCGGCCUGUUCCUGAGAAGACAUGACCCUCAUUUUGCGUGGAGGGAUGGGCCGAUUCGUGAUGAGCUACCUGAGGGACCGGAGACAUCACCCUACCGCGUUGGUGGCCUUCAGCCCAUGACCUGCAUCCCACGGUCAAGAUUCCUCGAGAAGACACAGGCUUUCGAGGCCAUACCGGGCUUCAAGAUCGAGCUGUCAAUAACGAGCAGGUCGCAACGUCGCAAGCCUCCGGAAGGUGUUAGGACUAUUGAAAUCGAAAGCAACCAGACCACACCUCUGAACCUUGCUGUUGCGGAAGCACUAUUUUCCAAUGCAUCAUAUGCCUUGGAGGCAGCACUCAGGCAAAAAAGGAGAACGGUUGAGGACAGACACCGCCAAACUUGUGGGUUCAUAAGCCCUAUCUGCCAGCAUUAUGAGGAAAAUGCUACAAGCAUGGAGCUUCGUGUCACAAACAAUCUUGGGCCGCAGUUUGACCACCUUCACCGCACAGUCGCCGGCAAGCUUGUUCUGUUCAGCGACAUCGAUUCUCAUGAAAGCACCGAUUUCUUCAACAACAUCGAGCGUGCGUUGGGAGAUGCACGUGACACUGCUGAUCAUACCAUCAGUGAAACCAACGACUUUGAGUUCCGGAUAGUUGAGCUGAGAGGUCGGGGUUGGAAUAUAGACGAGCCGCUAGUCUUCACUCUGGGGCCAGCAGAUUCCUACUCACGGCGAAGUGUUCAGGCCAUCUUGGAUCGUGUGCAGGCCGGCGUAGCUGAUGUUCUUAGAGGAAACGUAGCUACGGUCCGGAUGUCAGCAGCCAAGCGUGGUCACUAUAUCUUGGACAAGACUCUUCUCGCUCCCCGAGACCCCAAUGCCGGUCCCAGCGCAUGGAGCAUCCCUUCAAGAAACAAAGCCAAGGUUGUAGAUAACCUCAGGCGCAGGGUACACCAAGAUAUUGACAUGAUAUGUAAAGACACAUGUUCACUUGACAACCUGGACGAGAAGGAGCCAACGACGAUCAGGUACUUACCCAGCAAAGUGGACGUCCUUGGCCAAUCAGAAUUCGAAGCUGUCAAAGUACCUUUACCGUCGACACCAUCACCAGGGCCAAAUACGAUGCUAUGGAAAGCUGCUGAAAUACACGCAUCAGUCCCAGCCUCACACGAUGUCCAAAGGCCUCAGUCAUCGACACGCGGACGUGAAGAUGCGCCGUCGAUCAGUGGUAGUCACCAGGAACGCCCCAAGCCAAGAUCCUUUACCUACCUGAAAAAUGGAGGUAGAGCCUUUCCCCUGGUUCCGCUUGCAAGCUCGUAUGGAUUCACCGAAAUGGCUGCGCCAGCGUCUUCAGAGCAAAACGCUGAUCGACCAUUGAAUCGUGCUUCGAAUGAGGCUGCAGAAGCGAAAUCCGGAAACUUUGAUUCGACUACCAAGAGUGAAACCCAACCAACAAACCCGACAGAUACGGAGAUAUCAAAAUCUACGCUCGUGAUUCAGCAAAGUCAUAACGAUUCUGCUCCUACGAAAAGCCUGCAAAGCUCAGCUCAUGCCAGUGAUGUUGUCGAGCCGGAACAAAGGCGUGCAUCGCUACGCACACUGGACAAUCGUAAAUAUAGUGACCCAGAGGAGAUCUCUUUAGCACCCUCCACGCCAAGUCUUGUCUAUGGCAGUGGUCAUUCUACUAGAAGCAGUGUGUACUUGUACACUCCCCAGAUUCAGGGCACUCGCCCAGACCGAGAUGUGGAUGUUAUUCUCGCUUCUGGCACUUCGGAUAGUCACGACGAUUACCACGAGUACACUGAAAUUGGUACUGUUCAAAAGUUUCCACGCCCUGUUGAAGCUACAUCACCUCCUUCGUCUAGGGGUUCGAGCUCAUCAGAGAACAAACCUUCUCCAUCCCCACUACAGCAGGAGGAACCUAUGAGCGACGAAACGAUCUCUGCCGCCGCAGAUGUAUCGAAUAACGACAGCAGCAACCCGAUUUCCAAUACGGAGCCUGAACACAGUGGCCAAGGACUGGGUGUAACCCCGGGAAGCAACUCCAGUAGCGCAGAAACUGUCUUGGGAAAUUAUGAAGCCCAUGAGAAGUACGCGACAGUCCCUGAGCCCAGCUCUGAUGCGACGAUCGACGAGUCUGUGAGAGAAGUUUCUUCGCCCGAACUGCCACCUAUGACACAAAAUGAGAACAUCGGCGAACAGCCGGGUCCUCAAGGAGACCUGCACGCCCCAAAUGAACAGGCGGAGCAGAGUGUUGACCUUCCUGGAGAGUUUGAUUUGACCGAGGGUCUUCGAACACCUACAGAUCGUGGCCGAUGGGAUAUUCGAACUCCAUCGGACGGGUUCGCACAGACCCGCCAGGAACUGGAUUUUGACUUCUCGUCGCCCUGGUCCGCUUCGUCACCUUACAGUGAGGCAAGUUAUUCAGCCUUCUAUGCCAAUCUGGACAAUGCCAUCGAUGACGAUGCCGAAGAUUCUGGAGACAACAAUACUAACAAACUAAUGAUACCACGAUCCCUAUCAUCGAGCCUGGUAUGUCCGCCACUAUUCUCCCGAACCCGCCAAAGAAGGUCUUUCGGAAGUGCCGGGCUCCUCGGUAUUCGUGUUGGUGAACCCCGGCUAAUCGACGUUGGGUGGCGUAGGGCGUUGAUGAUACCGAUGAUCAGAGGUAUGGGAGGCUCGCCGACGACGGCGAUGUCUUUGUUGAGUAGCAUGAAGCGUCAGGGCGGGGAAAAGGCAGCCUUGCUAAUGAGACGCCCGGCUAGUUCUCAUGGAAACGAGCGCAGCCCCCUUGAGCCUGACAUGGAGAGCGCUAUUAUGAAAAGGUCCGCAAGCUCAGGCUUGCUACAGGAUAUGGUUGUGGUAGAGGCAAAAAAGAGCACUCGCCCAAGAGACCAUAAGACCGUUCGAAAGGAUGAGAAGAGAGACAGGAGCAGCGGUGUUAUGUUCCAGAUCGCGAAAGCUACUCUUGCUUCACAGCUCAGGGGCAAUAGCAGAUAG